AAUGACUCCGGCUGGAACGUGGCGGCUACUAGUUCUCUUAUCAUUCUUGUACGUCGAUAGCAUUGCGUCUGCAAUACCUAUAUCAUCGUUGAAUAGAGAGGAAAUCGAGCGACAUCUUAGCUUGCUAAAUCUGUACGAGAUUCACAACCGAACGUUCAACAUGAUACCGUCAAAACCGCCUGUCUACUUGAGGCAGCUGUACAGGAAGUUAAACAAGAACGACGAGAACGGCAGGUUGAGUCAAAUGCGCUGCUAUCUGGGCCACGGCUUGCCGGCGACCGAGCGCGACCCUGAACAUGCGAGAUUUUACUUCAACACGACGGCUGAGAAUCGUAUUUCUCCGAACGAUAUCGCGCGUGCUGAACUGCGACUGAAGUUCCAGCAAUCGAAGAUGGGCAGAGACAUGACAGGAAGCCGAGCAGAUGUGUGGGUUCACGUCGUUAGGAAGCCGGCGACAGAAAAGCGGCGCGCAAAGCUCAAACUCCUCAACAAGACGUCGAUAUCGACCAGCACGACGUCGCAGUCCUACAUCACACUCGAUGUGACACACCUUGCUCGAACGCACCUGUCACGUCGACGGCCCAAUCUAAUGAUUCACGUGUCGAUACGUGGGCAUUCGCGUCGUGCAAGGGUAAAGCUCCCGAGCGCUGAACUGACCAAGAAAGACCCCGAUGCAAAGCCCCUUUUUAUUGUCUACUUACGGUCCGAUACGGACAGUCGCCAGCAGUCGAGAGAGAUGAGGAAAAAAAUCAAAAGCAAAGCAUUGGUCAGUACACUCACAAACUCUGCAUUGGAACAGGAAACGUCGAGGACUCGUGAACGGCGGGGUUACCCGCGAGGCUCCCACUUUUCUAGGAAAAGCGGACCGUAUUGUGGAUUGAAUGAGCUUAAUAUCAAGUUCAGGGACGUUGACUGGACCUUCGUUAUCGCUCCUGACUAUUACCAGGCCAACUGGUGUGCUGGAGAAUGCCCAAGAAGUCUAACGGACAACUUUAAUCCGACAGUGCACGCCAUUCUGCAGUCACUAUUUCACUGGCUGGUAAAUGGUGAGGUUAGCAAGCCGUGCUGCGUACCGGACGAGUUGGAGAGUUUGAAUAUGCUCUUCUACGAUCAUUCGGAUGUUAUACUGUAUAAGAAGUACCAUGGCAUGCGUGCCACUAAGUGUGGAUGCCAUUAGAAGAAGAAAUCUGUUGGAGCAUAGUAAAGAGUUUAUUUUCUACUGACUUAAGACUUCAGAACAUUAGCAGGCGAACUAACGAGUGAGUAGAGUAUACUAUGGAUGUGUCACACAGGGUACGGUUCAGGCCAGUGUAUGGUGGCCGAUCAUGCCGUAUGUUUGUCUCCUUGGAGAACAUUGUCAAUAGGCUAUAGGACCUUGAUGUCCACGUGUUUGGCUGACAGAGGAUUUGGUAAGAUAGCAUAGCGUAUUUAUAUAUUAGCUCAAAUAUAGAGCUAGCCUUUGUACAGUAUGAAUGCAAGAUUUUGUUGAAAUUUAAAGUGUCUUUGUAUUGACUAC